AUGGGAAGUGACUCCAGCAGUGAGGACGACUACAAUCGUAAAAUUGAGGUUGUCUUCGAUUCCGAAACGGCUCGUCGCCGAAAGUCCUCUUUUGUUCUCACCGACCAACCGAGAGUCGACAAAUCGAGGCGCCCGCACGCGGAACGUGCAAAGUCGCAAUGCCUCGUCCACCAAAUCGUCGAGAAGACCAAAGUCGAGUCAGAACUGGAACAGAUCGAUGAAGUUGAGCCAAGCGUGGCGACGGAAAGUAUUGACAGAGAGCCGAUGCUCGGUAAAGAAGAAAACCGACCCGUCGAGUCGCGGUUGCUCACGAAGAAACAAUUGAGUGACAUGGCCAUUAGCGUGAGGGCUCUGGCGAAAAAGCUGGGAAACCUAAAGGUCAGACUGAAGAUCAGGGCAAUCUUCCUACUCACGAAGAUCCAUGACAAGACAUUGAUCGUCAAGACACGGGAGGUGGCCAGGUGGCUCCUGUCCAGAGACCGAUCUGUGCCGUAUAUCGUCUACGUCCAGGACAUCUUGCAGGAGAACCCUUCGUUCGAUGCAGCGGGGCUCGUGGCUGAAGAUCCCUCAUACGGCGAACGAUUAAAGUAUUGGAACGUCAAUCUUGCCAGGAGACGGCCUCAUACGUUCGACUUUGUCAUCACCUUGGGGGGUGACGGCACAGUGCUUUACGCGAGCUGGUUAUUUCAAAGAGUCGUACCCCCGGUGCUGUCCUUUGCGUUGGGCUCGCUUGGCUUCCUGACAAAGUUCGACUUUGACUCUUACCAGACUACGCUGUCCCAGGCCAUCAAGGAUGGCGUGACGAUAAGUCUGAGGUUACGAUUUGAAGGCACAGUCAUGAGAUCGCAGAAGCGUCAUGAUGACGCUGAUCAUCGUGAUAUUGUCGAAGAGUUGAUCGGUGAAGAAGCCGAUGAUCGCAAGACACAUGUUCCAGAUGGAACAUUUGAGAUCCUGAAUGAUAUCGUGGUUGACAGAGGUCCGAAUCCCACCAUGUCCACGAUCGAACUCUUUGGAGAUGAGGAACACUUGACAACUGUUCAGGCCGACGGCAUCUGUGUGGCUACUCCGACUGGUUCCACGGCAUAUAAUUUGGCCGCGGGAGGGUCUCUCUGUCACCCGGAAAACCCAGUGAUCCUGGUCACGGCCAUCUGCGCGCAUACCCUGUCGUUCCGCCCGAUUAUCCUUCCUGACACCAUUGUUUUGCGACUCGGCGUGCCUUACGACGCCCGCUCGAAUUCUUGGGCAAGCUUUGACGGACGGGAACGAAUUGAGUUGUUCCCGGGAGAUUAUGUCACAAUAUCGGCUUCGCGGUAUCCUUUCGCCAACGUCAUGCCGCCGGGACGCCGCAGUGAAGACUGGGUCAACAGCAUAUCAAGAACGUUACAAUGGAACUCGAGACAACGGCAAAAGGCGUUUGUAGAAUGGGAUGGGGAGAAUAAUGAGACCAAAGAAGCCAAUGGCAAGAAUCCUCAGUCAGAUGAUAACCGCCAGGAUAAGAAAAGAGGCGGACAAGGUCAUCCAGGGUGGCACCAAGAGUAG